AUGGCAAGCAUGCAAUGGAAGAAGAUGGAGAGAUGUCGAUAUGCAGUAGCAGCAGUGGUAUUGCUGCUGGCAACUGCCGUCUCGGGGUUCCUCACCAAGAGAGGAUCUUUUCUACACAGGUUGCCACCACUUUUUGCUAGUAGUACCAACAACCAAAGGCACCAAGAAGCCAUGCAAGCCGCUCUCAAUGCCACGCAAAAGUACGGAGCACACUCUCCAGAAGCAAGAGUCUUGUGGGAAAUUGCAGAAGAAAUCGAGGAUAGCAUCUUCUCUCCCUGUAGUGAACGUGACGACAACUUUACAAUCUACUUGAAGAAUGCCCCAGUAUAUAUGUGGAACCCUGUCCAUUGGAUGGCACCUGGGUAUUACUCCGAUGUGGCAUAA